GCAUAUUUCUGACUAUAUCUGAUGCUUGCGCAAAGACUCGCCACUUACUGCUGCAACGCACUGACCAAGAGACCAUCCAGCCAUCAGCCAACACUUAACGACUACCUGCAACAAUGAGUGACGCAAAGCCCGACGUUUCAGAAGUGAGCAGCUUCGACAAGUCCAAGCUGAAGAAAACAGAGACCCAAGAGAAGAAUCCCUUGCCUACACAAGAUGUCAUCGAACAGGAGAAGGCCUCAGAGAAUUCGUGAAGCCCCUCCCUCCCGUCAUGCACUGUACACCCCCUCUUCCUCCUCCUCCUCCCGCAUUGCCUUGUUUUCAGCCACUUCUUCUAGAUGUAUAACUUUGUAACCGAAAGUAUGAAACAACAACAAUAACCAAGCUGCACAGCCUGUGGACGGGUGACGCUUUUCCAACCAGGGGCGGUCGGGCCUCGUCCCCUCAACCAAAUAUACCACCUUCACUCUGGGGGCGGGGGUCUUUCUGAGGAUGAGGAGGAUUCGUGUGAGGCAGAGGAGGGGAGCUGCAGAAGGUGCGCGCGUCUCUUCGUCGACACACGCCUCUAAAAAAGUGACGGGGCGUGGCCCGCGUCCCAGGAAGCUCGUCAGCGUCUCACGCACCACCACCACCAACACCCUAACUUCCUGUGCGGCUGCUUUCGCGCCCAAGCUGAGGCGUCUGGCUUUUUUUUGUUAUUAUUGUUUCUUCGUCUUCUAAUUUUCGGAAAAUGCACAACUUUGUUUGUACGCUGGCCAAAACGUAAAUGCCCCCCAAAAAAAAGUGAUACUGUUUGUCUGUCACAAUGGUUUUUUUUUGGUUUUUUUCUUUUGUAUGUUCACGAGGAUAAAAAUGCAACGGAUUCCAUCUAGAUCUGGGAGACGCUCAAAUGGACCUCAUUUACGGUUUUGAUUUGAACGCCCUUUUGUCAGAGCGCUUCAGGAUGGCUCUUGUGUCGCAAUCUGUCUCUGAAUUGUCUCAAAUGAGGAAGCGGGGAAACAAAAAUUACACCGGCAAUUGAUUCCAUUUGCUUGCUUUCAACAGUAGAUCAGAAUUCUGAAAAGUCAUGUUACUCUGCCACAAACCAUUACCAGAAAUGGAAAAAAACGUGAAAAUGUUGUAAUAAAAAAGACUUUGUUACUAAA